UUUAGAGAUAGGAUAUGGGAAAUUGUGAGGCAUGAUGAAUGGGCAGAAAGAGAGAGCAAGAGAAACAGCAGGAGACAAAGCAGGAGAAGAAAAGGGGUAGGAGCGGUAAGAGGGAUUGGAGUAGAAAGAGGGGACAGAAGAAAGUAGAAAGAGAGGAGAAAGUGAAGAGUGUAGAGGAUGUUAACAGAAAAUGGUUUGUCAAGGGAAGAAGUAAAAGUGUUGAGUUAUUGUAUCAAACCAAAUCUAACCUCCUCGAAGCCCAUAAUCCUUUAUUUAUAAAAACAAAGACUUGCAUUAAAGCCAGACUACCUCCCCAGCAAGAUUCUUCUGAUCCUCUCUUCCUGAGACAAAUAACCUGCCAAUCAACUGGGAUCCUAUCUCCCCUUAAUUCUCCAUUACAGACUCCUGAAUUCAUCACUAGACAGUUCUUAUUUGAAAUCAAGGCUCUAAAAGCAAGCACCGGCCUCAACACGAUCUCCAAAAAGAAAGAAAAUGUUAUGCGACCAAAACUUAAAACUGUACAGGGGUCAAUACAGUAAAAUAGGCUUCACCAAUUACCACAAAUACCUAGACACAAUAGCCCAGUCCAACAAGUCCAGAAAACCAAGGAAGGAAA